AAAAACAUUAAAACGUCAAACUGCGAGUGCAUUGGAAUGUCAGUCAUCAACAAAUAAGAAUUUUCGUAAAUAAACAAGCUUAGGGGUAUUUAAAAUGGACAUAUUGCCGUUUCCGAUAAUUGGAAACUUAUAGGAAGUCGCACUUUCUGUAGGAUUCUUAUUUGAAUCUAAUUAAUGCCACAAUGGACGAUGCAGGUUCAACAAGUUUGUGUCGAAUAUGUCUUCAGCAUGGAGCCACACUGCCUAUAUUCGAGAAGUCAUCAUUAGGAGAUAAUAUACAUUCGAAACUAUCCCUUUGUUUACAAUGUGAAAAGAUUGAAGACAUUGCAGGAUUACCACGUCAUAUAUGUACAACGUGCAAUACUACAUUAGAAACUUUAUGUCAAUUUAUUAAUAGGUUUAGGGAGUCAUGUAAAAUAUUAGAAAGUGGUCUACUAAUUGUAAAAAAAGAAGAAUUUCAGGAUCAUAGAAAUGACUCUAUGACUGAAGUAGAAAUAGAUAUAAAAGGAAUAAAGGCUGAAUCAGAGAACCUCUAUGAUGAUGCUUUUGAUGAUUAUGAAGACACAUUACCAUUAGCAAUAAGUAAGAAAAUAAAAAAGGAACCUAUUAAGAAAGAGAAGAGAACUCGGAAAACCAAAUCUCAAACUGGAAGUAAAACAAACAAGAUAGCAUCUUCUAUAUUAGAAGGAAACUUUUCAUGGAAUGGAGAUAGAUGGUGCAUGAAGAUAGGUCAAACAACAUUAAAGAAAUUAGGUAAUAAUGAUGCCAUAGAACCAAAACCCCGACCACAGACUAAAAUAAAAUUACCACAUGUAAAGCCUUCUACAACAGAAAAACUAUGCGAUCUUUGUGGAGAUGUGUUUAGAAACAAUGAUCGACUAUUGUGUCACAAGAAAAAAGUACACUUUAAGACUCCUGUUAAAUGCCCCAAAUGUCCAAGAAUUUGUGCCUCAAAUUAUUAUUUAAAUAGGCACAUAAAAAGGAAACAUGAGACCCAUAGAGAAUUCAUUUGCUCAUCAUGUGGCAUAGGUUUUGCAUUUAAAGGAGAAUUAACAAGUCACUUCAGAAAUGUGCAUGACAAGCUGGCACGUCCCAAGAAAGUGUAUACAUGCAAAUUCUGUGAUAAAACAUAUAAAUGUGCUAAGUCUACAAUUAUUCAUGAGAGAUCUGUACAUACAGGUCAAAGACCGGCUGAGUGUACAGUCUGUAAUACCAGUUUCUAUCAUGAAGAUUAUUUAAAGGAACACAUGAGGUUACAUACUGGGGAGACACCUUUUAAGUGCCCCAUAUGUGGCCGAGGAUAUGCCCAGAGAGGCAACAUGAAGAGCCACCUGCGUAUCCAUAGGAUAUCAGAACUAGAUGCCAUCACAUUAAGCAAAUUGAGACCAAAUUAUAUAAAAUUACUAAAAGUUUAAAACUAAAUUAAUUUUGUUUUAAGUUUAGCAGAGUAGGGUUGGCACUGGCAUAUAAUGAUGUAACCAUUUUAAUUCUAUUUUUGUUUUCGAAUUAUAUAUCCAUUUUGGGUAGGUACUUGAAAAUUGUUUUACAAAGAAGUUGAAAUAAUUUAUUUUUGAAUUUAUGAAAGGUUGAUUUUUCUAUUGAAGUUGAGACAUAGCUUCUGCGUUUUAAUUAUGUGCUAACCCUUGAUAGUGUGUUAAAGAGGUAUUGUUAUAGGUAUCAAAUAUAUUAGAUAUUUUGUUAUUAUGUGAUUGGGGUUUCAGUCAUAGAAUUGUUUAAGUCUCUUCAAGUCCAUUAUUGUCAGAGCUUAUAUUAGUAUAUAGUAUCUUUAUUUAAUAAGAAAAAGAUACACUUGAAGGACUAAAAACAUAUCAAUUACUUUAAAUUUAAUGUCAGAUGGAUUUACUGUUGAAAGUUGUCCAUGGAUGGCAAGGCAAUCACUUUUUGUCUUUUAUAUUUUUCCUGCACUGACUAAGCAAGAGAGUAAGUGCGUUUAUCUGACCAGCCGAUGUGCGACUAUUUCGCCAAUCUCUCGUAAAAACUUGGUCAACUUGAUCGCGUUAAAUAAGAGGCACUAUCAUCUUUUGUUGGAUUAUAUUACGGUUAUAAAACCAUUUAUGUUGAAAAAAAUAUAUAUUUGUUAAAACUUAAUAAAAUCUAAUGUUAAAAUAGCUUUAUUACAUAGUUAUAUUUAUAAGUGCAAUGGGGUUGUUUUCUGUUAAAUUUUAUAGGAUAUUUAAUAAUAAAAACUGUUUUCAUUACUAGAAAAUAUAAUUCAUAUUACAAUAUUUAGUAUUUUUUA